GUAGUGGCAAGAUCACCAAACCGUUACUGAAAUUCAAAAUUGGAAACAAGUUCAACCCUUUCACUGGCACAAAAAAGAAUCAGGUACCAACAGAAAUGAAGAGAAAAACAGAAGUGGUAGAGAUCAGUCAAGUCGACACCAAGAACCAGAAAGAUAUGGAGCUUGAGAAUGAAAAACAUAACAAUAGAACUGACACUAAGAAAGACACCAUGAAGCCUCAGAACUAUUAA